CGGGGCGAUUUGAGAGGUGUGUGUUGACUGUGGCCGCGCGGGUAAUCCAAGAUGCUACGAGCAGUGGCCUCUUCGCGCAUGCUCGCGUCUUCCAGCAACAUAGUCGCACAGAUCAGCCGUCGAGCCAUGUCGAGCUUUCUGAUUGAAGAUCCGAAGUAUUCCUUCCUCAAGGAUCUAGGCUUGCAGAAGUCGAAUCUUGGUGGUUUCAACGGAAAGUGGAUCGGCACUGGAAAGUCACUGGUGUCUAUCUGCCCCGCGAACAACAAAACGAUCGCCGAGGUCUCGACCGUGACCCUCGACGAGUACAACUCGACGGUGCAGGCUAGUGUCGAAGCAUGGAACGUGCUCGCAGAUUUAACAGCUCCGCAGCGCGGGGAAAUCGUUCGACAGAUCGGCGAGGCUCUCCGGGAGAAGAAGACUGAGCUUGGCAAACUCAUAUCUCUGGAAAUGGGGAAAAUUGUCUCCGAAGGCGAAGGUGAAGUUCAGGAAUACAUCGACGUCUGUGAUUACGCCGUGGGUUUGUCUCGGAUGCUUGAGGGGAAAACUUUCCCAUCUGAAAGACCCGGUCACGUCCUCCUCGAACAGUGGAAUCCUCUCGGUGCGAUCGGAGUGAUAUCGGCGUUCAACUUCCCGGUCGCCGUUUACGGCUGGAACAAUGCGAUCGCCAUGGUUUGUGGUAACACGAUGCUAUGGAAAGGAGCUCCGUCGACUCCACUCUGCAGCGUGGCCGUCACGAAAAUCGUUGAGAAAGUUCUCGCGGCGAAUAAUCUUCCGGGUGCAAUUUGUUCCCUGGUGACUGGAGCGACCGAUAUCGGAGAAGCAAUGGCUAAAGACGAAAGAUUGCCCCUGAUUUCAUUCACCGGGAGCUGCCAAGCGGGACAGAAGGUGGGAACCGUUGUGCAGGAGCGCUUCGGCAAGACGAUCCUCGAACUCGGUGGGAACAACGCCAUCUUAGUCGACGAUACGGCUGACUUGGACAUGGUUGUUAGAGCAACCCUCUUCGCUUGCGUAGGAACCGCAGGACAGCGUUGCACAACGACCCGAAGAUUGAUCGUUCACGAGAAGGUGUAUGACCAGGUCGUGAACCGCCUGAACUCGGCCUACGGACUCGUCCGCAUUGGGGAUCCGAUCGAAUCCUCGACACUCUGUGGACCUCUACACACACCUCAGGCGGUUGAAUCAUUCCUCGAAUCUGUGACAGAAGCUCAGCGGCAGGGGGGCAAGAUUCUGCGAGGCGGGAAGCGGAUCCAAGGACCAGGGAACUUCGUAGAACCUACGAUCGUCACCGGCCUGAAGCAUGAUUCCCCGAUAGUACACAAAGAGACCUUCGCUCCGAUUCUCUACAUUCUGAAGUGUUCAUCUAUCGACGAGGCGAUUUCUUGGAAUAAUGAGGUCAAGCAAGGUCUGAGCAGCUCGCUCUUCACUCAGGAUCUCGGGAAGGUUUUUAAGUGGAUCGGACCCAAGGGCUCAGACUGCGGAAUCGUGAACGUUAACAUUCCGACGAAUGGCGCUGAGAUCGGCGGAGCAUUCGGAGGAAACAAGCACACCGGCUGGGGCCGAGAAUCGGGCAGCGAUUCGUGGAAACAGUAUAUGCGUCGUUCGACGUGCACAAUCAACUAUACCAAGGAACUACCUCUCGCUCAAGGAAUCAAGUUUGAAUAGAUUCUUCCUUCAAUAAAGACCGCUGCCA